UUUACUACCCACCUACAAAGAGGACCAUUAUGGCAAAAAAACUAGGUAGUGCGGACCAACUCGGCAUCGCGGAACACGGACCCGAUCCGUUGGACCCAACGGCAGCGCUUCCGCUGCCGAAAGUGGACCACGGCUUGGUCCAGAGGCCAAAUCCCGAUUAAAGUAGAACUUCAACCCCAGGCCUACAGGUGACAUCCCUUUGCCCCUGUCUACGGCGGUCUGCUUCUGCAGGUCCAUUACAUGCUGUAAAGAAGAAGAAAAAUCCUUCGGCGGCGUCUGUCAAUGCCUUGACAUAUUGCGAUAUCGUUCGGUGGUAGCUUGGAAAUCGAAGAAACUUCGGCGGCAAACACGCUCUGAGGUCACACCUUCUCGUCAAUGACCACCAAAGAAAUCAUCACAGUUAUGACCUGAUGCAUAUUGCGAUGGGAAUCUGCACCGACCUGUCGAUAGAAGUCCCAAUGCCUGAUCUCAUGUGCGGUUCCCUUCGUAAAUUUGCCACCCAGCCGUCAGCCCCAAGUGAUUGUUCCGCUCCAGCAACGGCAUGACCCAGCAAGCCUAUGCCAGAUUUGAUGUCUCUCCUCCCCAUCAUACAGGAACCUCAGGAGAUUCAUUGACGAGGAUAUCGUUUUACUAUCUCAAGUAAAACUGGCAUGAGGCGCGAUCAGCCCCAGCAACAAGUGCAAGUGUGGCCAGGUCUCCGAUUUCGUCCAACAUGUCCUGAAACUCUUAGUCGGCUCGACGCCAUCUUAUCUCUCGAGUCUUUCCGAUCGCUUGAGUACUUACUUCAUCCUCGUGCCUCUUGUUGCAAAUGGCCGCAGCCAGCAUGCUCAUUGAACACGGAAAAAAAAGCAAUAUUCCAAGUUCCCGAAGCACGACCCCGUUGCAACUGUUGCCAGCCUACCCCCGUUGCAUUUUUCUUUCGUUGGCGCCGACAGUUCACUCCAUCACAACGCGCCAUGGCUUCAACAAUCAAUUCCUGGGCUGCAUUCGCCUGACGUUGCCGUCAUCUUUGACACUGCCCGCCACAGAGGUUGAAUUGAUGGCAAAGGGGCCCGCAAUUGGAAGCAAAGCUCAAUGGCAUUGGACGGAACUUGAGUUGGUGGAGGAAAUGACGGACAUUUGCCGAUAUGUUUGUUGAUAGGGAGUCAACAGCGACUUGGAUCCGUUGUUGAAGCUAUGUGGAAGAGCAAGCGAGGUUCCACGGAUGUUUCCGAAAACAUCACCUCUUGACGUGGCGUCAGCUGGCUAAAAAUCCUCAGCGGACAGCGAGCGGGAUUGGGUGUCGGUUUCGACCCAGGAGAGUACUUGCCCAAGCUCCCGACGCACCAACCCGCGCGGCAGCUCCAUCAAAACGAGUACGAAGUACGUACUGCAGAGGUACCUUGCUUUGGAAAUCCACUAUACAUUGCGUGGGCGCCCAGGUGGGCAGGUAAAAUGUACCUAGGCAGGUAGGUAAUUACAGAUAGGUGCAGUAGAGUGCAUUUCCGGUGCCGACCAACCAGGACCAAGGGGAAAUCAGAACAGGCCCCUCCUCUCGCUACUAAUACACGGACGUCAUGCGGGAAGUUGCCUCUCGUCUCGUGCAACUCACUCACGUAGGCCUCCAGACAUCCUACAUUCGAAUCCUGCCACAGCUUCCUCAGCUACCAAGUUCUCAAACGUUGCCCGUCGUCGCAUUGCCGAACACACCGAUUGAUUUGAGUACACGAUCAGCGCAGCUUGAUUACGCGUGCCUCGGCAGCUACAUGUUUGCUUCCUGACCCAUCUUCUGGCCAUUCCAUAAGCCAUCAUGGCUGUGAGAGAUGGCGGCGUCUCAUACUACCCGACGAACAGCCUGAUUUCCAAGAAAUCACCGAAGCACUACCGCAUCCCUGUUCGAUCCCAACACUGGCAACUGCGAUCGCUCAUCAGCGCGGAGAAGCAGAAUCUCGUUUACUUUCCCGGGGGCGCUGGUAGCAACCACAUCCAACGGCUUAACACUACGACCAGAGAAUGCGAAACCGUCAGGUUUCUCUCCUUUUCGCCACGAUGCCUGGUCUCCGAAAAUGGCUGGGUGUGCUGUGGGGGAGAGACGGGCGAGUUCACGGCGAUUCAAACAGACAGCGCCGGCGACGAUGAUACCAACCUUGAUCUCCCACUCAAUCUAGAACCCGACGCUCGACUGCCCCUCGGGCUCGACUCCGACUCUGUUCGACCCGAAGACAAUGUCUUGUCCCUCCUCAGCCAAUCGCGGCGGACGAAUAUGAGCAGCAGAAUUAACAAGAGCGUCAUUGCCAAGAGCCAGAAGCUGGCGCGCGACCGCGUCAACUGUAUAACAAUGUGGUUUCCGCCAGCCGCCGGUCCGAUGCAUCAUGGUGCCUACGCCGAGCCUGCUGCUGUUCUUGCCAACAACGAUAAGACGGUUGUCCUGGUUGGGUUGCGCGACUUUGAAAGUCAGGAGAAGGUCGAGCCGUUGGAUGUCGUAACGUACCCGGAUUAUGUCAACCGCGCCAUCAUCUCACCCGACGGCCGUCUUCUAGUAGCAAUCCUUGACGACCCGUUCUUGUACAUCCACCACCGUGUGGAGGCAACCAUUGACGAGAACGGUCCAUUUAGGAGCGAGGACAAGAUGGAGUAUCGUUGGGAGCUAUGCGACAAGAUCCUACUCAAGAGCCAGCGCAGAGACGACGGAUCCGACAGCAGAGGGAGUUUUGCAGCAUGUUUCUCCAACACCGGGGCUUACCUGGCCGUGGGGACACAGUACGGCACCAUCUCGGUGUUCGAUGUCGAGAGCCUCACUGACCCUGAUGUCGUCGAUCCCUUGCUGACCUCCUUCACGUCAUCGCGUCCGAUGGCUGGAUCUGGCGCUGUUCGUGACAUGGCCUUCUGCCCCGGCCCGUACGAUCUUCUGGCCUGGACCGAAGACCGCGGCCAUGUUGGCGUUGCAGAUCUAAGAAGCGGCUUCGUGCAGCGUCAAAUCCUAGAUAUUAGUGCGACGGACGACUACGAUCACAUCACCAUCAUCGAUCGGGCCACGAUCGACCCUCGACUGCUCGAGGGUCGCGGCGAACCAAAUGACACACUCUCCUCGAUCCUGCCAGACGCCGCUGAGAUUCGUCGGCGGCGUGGCGACGGUCCAGGCGGUCGCCAUCAUCUGGUCCGUAUGCCCGACGAGACGCGGGUGCUCGAGGCCAUGCAAGAGGAGCGGAGGAGGAGUGAACAGAGAGACCGAAUUUCAGCCCGAAUGGCAGAGCAAGGGACACAGCAAUCGCCUAUGCAAUUUUUUGGAGGGAUGCCCCCCUUAGGAGGGAGAGGUACCCGUAUCGACGCUGAGAUUUUGGCGCGGGCGCGGAACGGCAGCGCGGCACGUAGAGAACAGACUGCCCCGAUGCGGACAACCCGAGAGCGGAUGGCUGUCGAGCCCAGCGAGCCCAGCGACGACGCCAACCAGAACGUAUCCAUGGCCAUUGGCGACCUCUUAGGCAACAUCCGCGACUCGAGAGAACGAGCGCAAGAACGCAUACGCACCGCUCAGCGGCUCAUUCUGCAAUCCAACAGCGACCGGGAGCGCAUGCUGGACCUGGCGAAUCCCUAUGCACCAAGGCGUUCGGCAAACAUACGGCCAGGUGAUACUUCGGAGGCGGCACAGCGCGGAACAGGUGGCCUGCGCAGCCUGACGGCUUCCGGGAGUGGCUGGGCGGAUCUCGAGGCGCUCUACAGCCUUUCGUUUGAGAGCAACAUCCAGGAUCUGCGGCAAGCCGUGAGGGACCGUGGCAUGGAUCGGGAACGCGCUUCGAUACUGCCACUGCUCAACUCGGUUGCGAUUCGUGAUCUGGAAGAGCGCAACAGCCGUCGGCGCGUCGUGCUCGAACACGGGGUGCAUGAGGCUCCCCCUGAGCCCGAUAACACCGCUGGUAUCUCAUGGAGCGAGGAUGGCAGAACUUUGUACGUGGGAGCCGAAAACGGCAUCUACGAGUUUCAAGUCGAUGUCCAGGGCCGCAAAUUCCACCCCAGCUUGACGCUGCGGUAAAGUUUGCGAUGAUUUGAGUUUAUGUGCUGCUUUU